AUGCCCAUAAAAUGUCCCUAUUUUUCCCAGCUUACCAAAGAGGUAAUUGCCCAAUGGUGUCACCGGAUGACAUUCGAGGAGAUCGCCAUCAGUGGUGGAUGUCGUUGCCCUGGAGGAGAACCACCUAGAAUUUCUGAUUUAGAACUGGAUAUCUUCCUUAACCAUGUGCUUUCGGCGGAUCAACCUGCUGUUGUCAUGGUAAUCGACUCGAGGUCAGUGGCUCUCUGA